UAACAAUAACAGAUAUAUUUGAAAGAUAAAGACCCUCAAGAGAAUAUGUAUUAGAUUUGUAUCGCCUAUACACAUACAUUCUAAAUUUGAAUGAUAAGUGUAACAGUGCCGAGAUUAUUUCUGCAUAAUUCAUAAGCUAUUAGUUCACUUCACCAUUAUAAUUUUGCCAUAAUUAUUUAUGAUAACAUUAAACAGGCAUUUGCGUCGGUGUGUAUUUGUUGACCGCAGAUCUGCACCAGUGUUACGGCUCUGAAUCCCCGUAGUUAUUGACGCGAGAACGUUUCGCUUGAUCGUGUUACACAGGUAGCUGGGAUAUAAUUUUCAAGCAGUUAGUGUGUUAUUCUAUCCAUUUUUUAGGGAUUUUAGACUAAAUUUGCAAUCAUGCCGCUCGGAAGUUGUCAUACGUGCAUUAAAUAUUUAAUGUUUGGAUUUAACUUUUUAUUUUGGUUACUAGGAUGUGCUAUGUUAGGAGUUGGAAUAUGGAUCCUAGUUGAUGACGAGUUUGACAAGUACACCGAUGGAAUAGACGAGUUUUCCCUUCUUUAUACCGCAGCCUAUGUUGUUAUAGUAGUUGGUAUUAUUAUAAUGGUGAUAGGCUUUUUAGGAUGUUGUGGAGCUAUCAGGGAAAAUCAGAUAAUGUUAGUUUUGUUUUUCGCCUGUCUAUUUAUCAUAUUCUGUGCUCUACUGGGAAUAGGAAUUUAUAUGAUUGUUGCCAAGGACGGGUUCCGAGUUGUAGUCUCUGAAGUUCUAAAGAAGAAGGUUGCAGACACCUGUGCUGGCGAUGAGGAAGCUACAAACUUCAUGCAAGUGAUCCAGGAUAACUUCCGAUGUUGUGGAGCUGACGAUUUGACAGAUUAUUCACCAACAUCAUGUGCUCAUCCAAUGAUCUGUGAUGCCAUUUUCGAUACUCAUGGUUGUACUGCCGUAUUUUCUGAAUGGAUAAAGAAGAAUUUUGUUGUAGUAGCUGGUGUACUGUUCGGAAUAGCACUUAUUUUGAUCUUAGGAAUGGUGUUUGCCAUGAUUCUGUGUUGUGCUGUCAGGGAUAUCCAUGCAUAAAGUUAAUAACAGCCAACCAGAAAGGAAAAGCAAAGACAGAAAUAUUCAGAAAAAAAGUUUAGCUGUAAUACUGUUGCCUUUCGAAAUAUAAAUGUUUUAAAUAGAUUAUAUGUAUACAUACCUUUUAUAAAAUCAUGCAGGAAAUAAAUGUGUUUUUUUUGUGAAUAUGGCAAGACUUUUUUUUAUCUCAUUCUUUCAUGUAUGAAAUUAAAAAGAAUUAUAUUUUUCUAGUGCAUUUGUUUUAUUCUCACAAAGGGCUAAUUUGGGUAUAAGUUUAUAUGUAAUACAGAAAAAUAACCUUUUUAAGGUGGUGCAACGUCAAUAUUAAAAAAAAUAUUUGAAUACAAUUACCAUAGCAACACCAAAUAAAAUGUAUAGCUUGUGUCUCAGUCAUCGUCUGAUUGAGAUAUAUUUAGGUUUCAAAAUGACACUGGUUUUAGUUUAAACUUGUGUUGUACAGUCUGAAUUUUGAAAACAAAUUUAGUCUAAAACUGAUUAAGGUUUUUAAAUCAGUCUUAUUAUCAAUCUUUUUGGUUGGUGUUAACUAUACAAAAAGUUCUUGCCAUUUUACAGUCUAUCAAACGUUCUGCUGUAUAUGAAAGUAUGUGAAAUAUCAAAGGGCAGUUUCAUGUUGUUGAGUAUUUCUAGUUGAAUGAGAUUUUUUAUCGUAUCACUGUACAAAUUGUAUGAAUAUGUGUAAGUGCUUCGUUUAUUUUAUACGUAUACAUGUAGCAGGUUUUUUUUACGUUUGUACAAUAAUAAUUUGUACAUUUUGUAUAUAUAUAUUUAGCACUAGUUGAUGUACAUGACUAAGACAUUGGUUCAAUCUGCUUUUGGAUAUAUAUACUUGGAAUUUGACUAACCUUUUAAGUAUCUACAAAGUGGGUGGGUAAUUAUUUUUUUAUACAUGAAAAUAGCAUUUAAACAUUGGUUGAAUAUUUUUGAUUAUGAUGUUUUCAAAACAUGUUUUGAUUUUGAUUUUCGAAAAUAUGCCUAGACUACUAGGAAUUUGACUUUCUUUAAUCAUGCAGUUGCUACUUAUGAUAUGCAAAAUGCUGAUUUCAAAAUAACUCGUUUUUGAAUAAAAGUUCAAAAGAUUCAGAUUAAAACUAACCAUUAAUGAAUUAAAACCAACAAAACAUUGGAACCAAACACACUUUAUUUUUUUGAUAUAAAGGUUGUGUACAGUUAUGUUCAUUGUAUAUUGAUUUGAAAUGUACAUAAAUAACACUUAUAAUUCAUACCUCUUGAAGUAUGGCAGCAUUUUGUCUUAUUAAUAACCAAAUUUAAAUGUAAUUUUCAAACCUUCAUGCUUAUAAGCAAGAUUAUGAAAACUCAAAAGAGGAUGAGUAAAUUCAUUUUAUUUGACUUAAAGUGAAGCUAACCAACACCAUCUUCAGAAUAGGUAAUUGUGACUCUUAAAAGAAAGUGUAUAUGACAAUGUUGAAUUAAGGAAUCAGAGAUUGUUUUGGGGGGGGAAAACAAGUUAUAAUGGUUUACUCACACUGACUCUUCCUAUAUCUAUAGGUGGUGAUAAUGUGUAUUUUCAAAUGUGUCCAAAUAAUUUAUCACAAUCGCAAAUAAUAUGAAGUUUAAAUUCAAUAAAAAAAAAUUGAUAUAUGUUUAUAUCUUGAAAUGGUACAAAUACAUGUAGAUGAUUUGUAGAGUUCCAAAAAGAUACAAAUCACGAUUUUAACUUGUUUUCUAAGUUCACAACAAAUUCAUAGAAAGAUAUCUCUAACUAUAUUAUAUGGAUUGCUUUAGAUAUGUAUAUAUAUAAACCUUGUUCACUGCAUUUGUCAAUUUUGAUCUUAGAUGUUUAAUCCUGGAGUUUUAUAUUCAAGUUUUUAAAGUUACACAAAGUAUGCUACUUGUUUUUAUUUAAAGCUGAUUGUAAGUAUAUUUUAUGGUAUAUCUGCAUAAUGUCCCAGGUUGGAGAUAGGGUUGUUAUAAGAUAACACUUUAAUUUCCAGUUAAUUCACAUCAACGGUAUUUUGGAGUAUUUAAAUUUUCACAAGAAUGUAGGAAAACAGUGUAGACAAAUAUAUCGAUCUUAAGCAGUUAAUAUUUUGGUAAUAAGUUAUAAAUGCCUAGCAGUCUUCGUUAUUGUCAUGAUGAUAAUUUACUAUUCUGAAUGCAUCUCUCUCUAUUAAAUACGAUAGUUUUCUUUUAAAAAGCUAACACAAGAAGAUAAUAAAUCAAAUAAGUUUUUGAGCAUCUUAAUUAACUAUUGCAAUCAAAACCAUAAUAAACAUUUAUCUUUAAAAAAUAUUAGUCAGGAUAAUAGUUGUUUUUUUAUAUAAUUGAGACUAAUAGCAUUCAACUGAAGAAUAAUUCAGACAUUUCAGAGUUUUUUUUUUUUUUUGGGGGGGGGGGGGGGGGGUGUCUGUAAAUUCCAGAAAUGACAUAUCAAAAAGGUGUUCUUAAAUUUGAAAUUAAAGAAAAUGAACUUUGUAAAUGCAUUUUUCGUAGGAAAAAUACUGGUGUCAGAAGAAGCGCAUUACAUUGCCAAAAAACAAGAGAUUAGGUCAUUUUAAACAACUUGUAGAGUCUUGAUUAUGCCACACCUAACGGGCAUGCAUGACAGAUUUUACGAUACAAAACAAAAUGUCUUUGGGUUAAUUUAUGAAACAUAUUCAAUUUACUUUUGAUCAUGUUCAUAUUGUAAGGUUUUGUUUAUUUUUGUUCUGCUUGCUUUAUGUAUUGCUAAAAGUUGGAAAUUAUUAGCAACAUGAAAUUAGACUGAAAAAAGUUAUACGUACUUCAAUUAACAUUGGUUUUCAAUGAUUUUCGUAUUUAAACAGUCUAAUGAAUUAUGCACUUUUAGAAAAUAAUAAUUACAACGAAAUUAAAAGCAUUUAAAACAAACUAAUUUAUAUAUGAUACAAAACAAAUUCAGGCCUACCAAUAUCCAAAUAAAUAAAAGGAGUUAAAAUAUCUGGAAUAUUCUAAUUUCGUCAGGCGUUUGUUCCUCGCUUUUUCUUGCUUUCUUUUGCGAAUUUUUAAAAAUAUGUACCAUUUUUUUAAAAAUUUAUUUGUAUUACUGUUGUAUAUGUGAGUUAAUUUUUUUUUUACAACUGUUUUUACUUUAUACAUUUCAAUUCUUUUUCUUAUGCAAACAUAAUGUAUAUUUUUUCAAACUGCAGAAAACCAAGCUUACUGCUUAUUGGACUGCACUCAUUCAUUAUUUAUUUAAUUUUGUCAUCUGCAUAUUUUGUGUACCAGUCAUUGUUACUUUCAUAAUCCCAACCUGGGAAGCUUUUUGAAUGCAAUAAAGGAUGUUGUAAUAUA